AUGGCGGGAGGUGGUGCAGCUCCUGGUGCGGCGGGGGCCACCGUGAGAAUCGUGGUUGCCGGAGAUGCAAAAACGGGGAAGUCGAGUCUGAUACUUACGGCAGCCGCAGAGAAUUUUCCGAGCAAUGUGCCGCCGGUUCUGACGCCCACAAGGCUUCCGGAGGACUUGUACCCAGACCGUGUACCUGUCACCAUUAUUGAUACUUCGUCCAGCCCUGAGAAUAAAGGUAAGCUUGUUGAAGAACUGAUGAGAGCUGAUGCAGUUGUUCUAACAUAUGCAUGUGAUAGGCCCGAAACACUUAAAAGAUUAAGCACGCACUGGCUUCCUGAACUUCGACUAUUAGAGGUUAAUGUCCCGGUUAUUGUGGUGGGUUGCAUGCUAGAUAAGAGAGGUGACCAACAAUCUGUUAGUCUGGAGCAGGUUAUGUCACCUAUAAUGCAGGAGUUCCGGGAGAUUGAAACUUGUAUUGAAUGUUCUGCUGUAAAUCAUAUUCAGAUUCCUGAGGUUUUCUACUAUGCACAAAAAGCUGUGCUUCAUCCCACAGCUCCACUAUUUGAUCAGGAGCAACAAGUUCUCAAACCUAGGUGUGUGAGGGCUUUGAAAAGAAUCUUUAUUCUUUGUGAUCAUGACAGGGAUGGCGCCCUCAGCGAUGCUGAGUUGAAUGAAUUUCAGGUUAAGUGUUUCAAUGCCCCACUACAACCAUCUGAGAUAGUGGGUGUUAAAAGGGUUGUGGAAGAGAAAUUGCGGGAAGGUGUCGAUGCUCGUGGUCUGACAUUGACAGGCUUUUUAUUUCUCCAUGCUCUUUUCAUUGAGAAGGGGCGUUUAGAAACUACAUGGACUGUGCUAAGGAAAUUUGGAUAUAACAAUGAAAUUAGGCUUCGCGACGAUCAAUUACCACCUCCAAUAAAGAAAUAUCCUGACCAGAGUGUGGAGCUAACAAAUGAAGCUGUGGAGUUCCUCAAAAGGAUCUUCGUUACGUACGAUGUUGAUCGUGAUGGAGCUCUUCGAUUUGCUGAGCUUGAAGAUCUGUUCUCAACUGCACCCGAAAAUCCUUUCAAUAAAGCUCCAUAUAUCGACGCUUCAGAAAAGACUGCUGUUGGUGGACUAUCAUUGGAUGGAUUUCUAUCGCUGUGGGCACUUAUGAUGCUUCUGGAUCCGAUUCGUAGUUUGGAGACCCUGAUAUAUAUAGGUUAUGGUGGCGAUCCUUCAUCCGCUAUACGGGUAACUCGAAGAAGACGUUUAGAUCGUAAAAAGCAGCAAUCAGAAAGAACAGUGUAUCAGUGUUUUGUUUUUGGACCAAAAGAAUCAGGGAAAUCUGCUUUGCUUGAUAAAUUCAUUGGAAGGCCUUUCCGUGAAAAAUAUGUCCCAACAACCGGUGACAAAUACGCUGCUAAUGUCUUCGAUCAACCGUCAGGACUUAGGAAGACUCUGGUGUUGCGGGAAAUCCCUGAGGACGGAGUGAAAGAGUUACUAUCUAAGAAGGAUGCAUUGGCUGCAUGUGAUGUUGCAUUGUUCGUUCAUGACAGUUCUUGUGAGUCUUCCUGGCAGAAAUCAACAGAUAUGCUUGUGGAUGUGGCCAGUCAAGGGGAAGCUACUGGUUAUGAGGUGCCCUGUCUCAUUGUUGCUGCUAAGGAUGAUCUGGACCCUUACCUGACAGAGAUCCAAGAUUCAACAAGGGUAAGCCAGGAUAUGGGAAUAGAGGCUCCUAUCCCUCUCAGCACAAAGCUGGGAGACUUGAGCAACAUUUUUCAUAAAAUUGUGAGAGCAGCUGAGCAUCCCCAUUUAAGCAUUCCUGAGACAUCAGCCGGGAAAAGCCGCAAGCAAUAUCACCGGCUUAUUAAUCGCUCUCUAGUGUUUAUAUCAGUUGGAGCAGCUGUUGCUGUUGUUGGGUUGGGCGCAUACCGUGUUUAUGCCGCAAGGAAAAGUUCUUCAAGUUAA